AUGAAGUUCUUCAUCGACACUCUCCCCGUGCUGUUUCCGUAUCCCAGAGUCUAUCCCGAGCAGUAUGCCUACAUGUGUGAUCUCAAGCGCACGCUGGACCAGGGCGGUCACUGUGUCCUCGAGAUGCCUUCGGGCACGGGUAAAACUGUGUCGCUGCUCUCGCUCAUUGUCGCGUACCAGCAGCAUUAUCCUGAAAAGCGGAAGCUGAUUUACUGCUCGCGUACCAUGUCUGAGAUUGAAAAGGCCCUUGCAGAAUUGAAGGCGUUGAUGAAGUACCGAACGCAAGAGCUGGGCUAUGAGGAAGAAUUCCGUGGUUUGGGACUAACCAGUCGAAAGAACCUGUGCCUCCAUCCAUCUGUAAAGAGAGAGAAGAGUGGCAGCAUUGUAGACGCCCGAUGUAGAAGCUUGACCGCUGGUUUCGUCAAGGAAAAGAAGGAGCGAGGGGAGGAUGUCGAGCUCUGCGUGUACCACGACAACCUGGACCUUUUGGAGCCCCAUAAUCUCAUUCCGCCCGGUGUUUGGACUUUUGACGGUAUGCUCAAAUACGGCGAACAACAGAAACAGUGCCCGUAUUUCACAGCGCGGCGGAUGAUGCCUUACUGCAAUGUCAUCAUCUACUCGUACCAUUAUCUCCUAGACCCAAAGAUUGCAGACAGGGUCUCAAAAGAACUCUCAAAAGACUGCAUCGUGGUUUUUGACGAGGCUCACAACAUCGAUAACGUAUGCAUCGAAUCGCUCAGUAUCGAUUUAACAGAGGACGUACUACGAAAAGCGACAAAGGGAGUCAACAACCUGGACCGAAAGAUCACCGAGAUGAAGUCAACAGAUGCCGAGAAGCUGCAGAAUGAAUACGCAAAGCUCGUCGAUGGUCUGAGAUCAGCCGAUGAAGCGCGAAGCGAGGAAGCCUUCAUGGCCAAUCCCGUCCUACCAGACGAUUUACUCACAGAGGCUGUUCCCGGCAACAUACGGAGAGCAGAGCAUUUUGUCGCCUUUCUCAAACGAUUUAUUGAAUACCUCAAGACCCGAAUGAAGGUUUUAAACGUUGUCUCGGACACACCACCAGCAUUCUUAAGCCAUCUCCGGGACCUGACCUAUAUCGAGCGCAAGCCUCUACGUUUCUGUGCUGAGCGACUAACAUCACUCGUACGCACGCUUGAGCUUACCAGUAUCGAAGACUACCAACCGCUACAAGAAGUCGCCACAUUCGCCACACUGGUCGCGACCUACGAGACAGGCUUCCUAAUAAUUAUCGAACCGUUUGAAUCAGCAACAGCAACAGUACCAAAUCCAAUACUUCAUCUCACCUGCCUCGACGCUGCCAUCGCCAUCAAGCCCGUCUUUGAGCGCUUCUACUCGGUAAUUGUCACCUCAGGAACCAUGUCACCCCUGGACAUGUACCCCCGCAUGCUCAACUUCAACACCGUGGUCCAAGAAUCCUUCACCAUGACCCUAACCCGCAAAUCCUUCCUCCCUAUGAUAGUCGACCGCGGCAAUGACCAGAACCAAAUCACUUCCCAAUUCGAACACCGCAACGACUUGCAAGUCCAGCGCAACUUUGGCAACCUCCUCAUUGAAUUUUGCAAACUGACCCCAGACGGCGUUGUCGUCUUCUUCCCCUCCUACCUCUACAUGGAAAGCAUCAUCAGCGCAUGGCAGGGCAUGGAGAUCCUCGACACAGUCUGGAAAUACAAACUCAUCCUCGUCGAAACCCCCGACGCCCAGGAAACCGCACUCGCGCUCGAAACCUUCCGCACAGCCUGCAACAACGGCCGCGGCGCCGUCCUCCUCUGCGUCGCCCGCGGCAAAGUCUCCGAGGGCAUCGAUUUCGACCACCACUACGGCCGCACCGUGCUCUGCAUGGGCGUCCCAUACCAAUACACCGAGUCGCGCAUCCUCAAGGCCCGCCUCGAGUUCCUGCGAGAAACCUAUCGCAUCAAGGAAGCAGACUUUCUUUCCUUUGACGCCAUGCGUCAUGCAGCACAGUGUCUCGGCCGCGUCAUCCGCGGCAAAGACGACUAUGGCAUCAUGGUCCUCGCAGACAAACGCUUCAACAAGAAACAAUCUCAACUCCCCAAAUGGAUCCAACACGGCCUCGACGCAAAGUCGACAAAACUCUCCAUCGACCAGGCCGUCAGCACCGCAAAGGCCUUUCUCCGCGAUAUGAGUGUGCCGUGGAGUCGGGCGGAGCAGGAGGGCCACUCGAGUUGGAGUCUGGAGGAUCUCGAGGCUCAUCAGAGGAAGAUGGCGUUGCAUGGAAUUGCGGGCACUGAGAAUCCGGAUAUGAGGAAGGCGGAGGGGCGGGCGGAGGUGGAGAGGAUGGAGGUGGAUGAUGAGUUUGGCGGGGCGGAUUUGGAUGCUGCGAUGGCGGAUUUGGCGUGA